AGGCGACACUCGUCAUCCAGAGUGGAAAUUAGACAGAGAACCGAUAGAGAAGAGCUCAACAUUUAUUCUGAUUUCAGGAUAUAAAAAGUUUCAAGGUUGAAGAGAUUGUCCGCAGCUGAUGUGUUAAUCCAUCCAUAACACGGGGUCCGGGACAAGAAGAAAAUCAGAGCAGGAAACAUGCAGAAUGAGUUUUAAAAGCUUCUUGGGAUCAAGUUGAAAAAAGAAAAGAUGGAACCAAAAGAGGGAAAAACCCUGUGUCCCUCCUCCGCUGAGUGUGGCGCAGGCAGUUGUGAGAAGACAGGUGUCUCAAGGGCAGAGAAGGAGGAGUUAAAUGAAGAUAGAAGUGACUCAUUAUUCAAACAUAUAAGUCAAACUUCCAUCUCACAAAAACAGACGACUGCUGAUGGGAAGUUAUUGAAGGAUGGUGUUCAGGGUCAGCCUUCUCGAAAAAGAGUCUCUUAUUUAGAUGACGCGCGCCGCUUUAGUGAAUCUAGCACACGUCAGUACUUUCUGCUUUCUUCUCUUCGCUCUUCUCUAACACAACCAAGCAAGCACAUUAGCUCAGCCCAGUCCAUACGCAAUCACGUCAGUCAACAAUCACCUGAACCACCAAGUCUCUCACUGUACGGCAGCUUGAGCACUGUCAGCUGCAGCAAAACCAAAAGUGACAUGGAGGAGAAAUCCACAACAUCAGCACAUCCUUCUGCCGUGACUUCCUGUAGCAGGCUCCGUUUUUUUAACGGUCCUUCCUUGUUCAACCCGCCCACCAGUUCUUGGUCCAUCACCACUUCUGAUGUGGGCCCUCUGUAUCCAGAAGAAAGCUGCGAUUACACGACCGAUACAGACUCCACUGACUCUGAUUGUGACAAGUAUGAAUCCAGCAAAAUGAAGGCAAGUGUGAAAGGAACAGUUGAACAGGACAUGAAAGAACAUAUAAGAACAAGAAGAUUAACCGAAAUAAUCAGGAGAAAUCUGUCCAGAGGUAAUUCUUCCACUGUCCACUGUAAUGCUCGCCGACAGGAUGAGACAUCUGAUGGAGGAUGCUUUCUCCAUACUGAAUAUGAAAAUCUGUCAUCUAACUAUGAAGGUGCUGAUUGUCUUUCAACUCCUUCACCCUCACUAUGCAGGGUCGUACAUCUUGAAAACAGACAAAGAUCUACUUUAAGUAGACACACCUCCUCACAGUUUACGGCCCCAACUGUUGCUCGCCCUCCAUGUCCACAAAGAAGGCACAGACUCCUCCAUGACUCUACUGUCAGCACUGAAGAAAGCAGAACACAAGAUGCUUUUGAGCUGUUGUCUGUGCAGUCUGAAAGCAAUACAGGAGCUGUCAGUGAUGCUCCGGUGGAAAUGGAUGCAUCUGUUACAGCUGAGAACUACUCAGCUGCAUGGUCUCAGGUCCAAAACAGAAAGGACACAGAUGAUGGGUCCUCGGGUCUUUAUGAUUGGGGUAGCUGGCAUAAAUCAGGGUUACAUCCUCUCCCUCAGCUUCCUUUGAACUAUCCAUCACUGUCUGAACUGACUGAACGUCUGCCACAGUCAACUGUGUUCUCAGGUCCAUUUAACUGGAAUUAUGUCAGUGGUUCAUAUCAAGCAUUGCAUGAAAAGUCAGACCUCAGAGAUUUGGGGGCUGGCCCCAGCUCAGCACAAAGAACAAAUCCUGGCAACCCCGGAGAUUUUAACCAUUACUCUGGCUCCAUGUCCAACACGUCUACCGGCACUCAGUCCAUCAUCCCGACAAAAAACACCUGUCUGGUUCUGGCUGCCGAUUCUCACCUUCAACAACCCUUCGAUGGCUCUUCCCCAGUUAACUCUCCUGUGUCUUCUUCAAGUUAUAAACAGAAGAAGGGAAAUUGGCGCAGCUACAGAAGAAUGAAAAAAAUCAAAAACCCAUUUUACUGCUCCUUUCAUUGAUUCCUCUGACGACACGCUGGAUCAACCUCCGCCUGCUAGACUCACAGAAACAGUAUCAAUAAAGAGUCCCUCCUCUGCAGCAGAUGUUACACCAGGAGCCAAUCAGGAUAAAACC